AUGGACACGUCGACUGGACUGGACUGGAUAUUCAAGUUUGUCGCACGACGACCGACGCCGGGUUCGAGUUUUAGGAUAGAAGUCUGUCUUGUGCGUCUUAAAGUUUGGAUAAUAACGGCUUGUGCGGGAGUAAAAAAAGAGACAACGUUCGACGUCAUCUUCCGUUAUUGGACUCGAUUCGCCGAUCGCUUCAACCGAGAAGAAUUGGUGAUAAUCGUGGAGGAUAAUCUCGAACGAGUGGCAUGA